GAGAAUGCAGAAUAUGGAAACCCUCGAUCUGCACAGUAACUCUCUAUCUGGUCGCAUACCAGAUGAUCCCCGUAAGCUCAAGAAUCUGUCCAAACUUAGAAUCUUAGACUUGUCUUCUAACACAAUGAAUGGGACAAUACCCAAUGGGAUUUGGAGAAUGCAGAAUAUGGAGGUCCUCAAUCUACACAAUAACUCUCUAUCUGGUCGCAUACCAGAUGAUUUCUGUAAGCUCAAGAAUCUGUCAUGGCUUUUAUUGAACGAAAAUCUUCUAUCUGGCCCAUUACCAGAAAACGUUACACAGUCACAAUUAACCUCCAUCUUCCAACUCAAUUUCUCUAGUAACCAACUGACGGGCAAGAUUCCAUCUCCUUUCGAGAUGAAAAGAUUCCAAUGGAGCUUUCUUUCCAACCCUGGCUUAUGUUCCUCCGACCACUUUGGCAACCUUCCUAUGUGCCCCAGAUUGCACUUGAAGAUGUUUGUAAUCAUUCUCUUGGUUUUUGGUUCAACCAUUCUCAUAUGCACAGGGCUGAUUGGUUUAACUAAGAUCAAAGCAUUUUCCUCAAAGCAAAAGGCGGAUGCCCCAUUUCCACAGUGGAAACUGACGGCCUUCCAAGCUAUUGAUUAUGACAUUCAAGACAUCCUUUGCAACCUCAUUGAUGCAAACCUUGUCGGCAGCGGUGGCUCAGGAAAGGUAUAUAAGAUCUGCCUUGGUAACAGAAACGGCGGGGUUAUAGCUGUCAAGCAAAUAUGGUGUAGUAGUGGUGAACUGGAACAUGAUGUGCUGGAAAAGCAGUUUCAAGCUGAAAUUGAGAUUCUUGGAUCCAUCCGGCAUGCCAAUAUCAUAAAGUUGCUUGGCUACAUAUCAAGCUCUGAAUCAAAGCUCCUCAUAUACGAAUACAUGGAAAACGGUAGCCUGUAUGAAUGGCUGCAUCAGAAAGAUGAACCAACGACUAGUACAACUAGACGGUUGUUGAACUGGCCGAUAAGAAUGUCAAUAGCAAUCGAUGCAGCAAGAGGGCUGUGUUACAUGCACCACGGUUGCUCUCCUGCUAUAGCACACCGUGAUGUGGAGUCUAGCAACAUCCUACUGGAUCCUCAGUUCAAGGCGAAGAUUGCGGACUUUGGUCUAGCUCGCGCACUGCUUAAAGCCGGCGAGCCAGAGUCUGUCUCGGCGGUGGUUGGGUCCUUUGGAUACAUAGCUCCAGAAUUCGGAAGCUCGAGAAAGAUGAAUGAGAAAGUUGAUGUGUACAGCUUUGGGGUGGUUCUUCUGGAGCUGGUAACAGGGAGGCGUGCAAAUGGUGGGGGCGGGUACGAGAAUUUGGCGCAAUGGGCAUGGAGGCAAUUUCAUCAAGAUGAUGAGGACAUACAUUUGACAAAUCUGAUAGAUGCAGAAAUUCGAGAUCCAGCCUACUCGCGUGAGGUACAACUGGUGUUGAAGCUAGGGCUAAUUUGCACGGGCACAAACCCAUCUUCAAGGCCGUCGAUGAAGCAGGUGCUGCAGGUCCUGCAACGCUGAAAAACACUACACGAUGCAGUUCGUAAGCCAUCUGAUGUUCUGAACCAGAAGGUCGUCAAAAUUUACAAGGAGACGCACACUGUGGUUUUAUUCUAACUAAAGAUAGUUUGUCCAAAUAAAACUGUAAGGGCAACACGGGCUGUAGUUUUAUUACGAGUAAGAGAAAAUGAUUGAGCAUCUGUUUUUAGAAUGUGCAAUGGCAGCAUGUUGUGUGGCUGUCGAUCCUGUUUACUUAGAUUCAGUUUAAAGUCAAGCACUGAACAGAGUAUGGGUAUAAACAUCUGGUUCUGCAGGUCCUGCAACGCUGAAAA